UUGGGAUUGUAAACAAACUGCACGCACGUAAUCCAAUUGUCCGCUCGCCAAAGAAAGUGAGCCGAUCUUCGGAGCCCGACAACAUGUUCCUUACCAAUCUUCUGCUGAAGAAAGCCAAGAGCAAGAAUGUCCUCGUGCUGAUGGAGAGUGCUGUUAGUGGCCACCAGUUCACCACCAUCCGGGAGCGUUUGGCGGAAAAAGUGGAAAUGUUGCGCUUCGACCCGUUCAUUCAAAAAACUUCCCUGUAUCGAGAGCGUAAACGGUUGCGGAGCUUAAACUGAAUUGGGGGACAUGGCGUGCUAGACAUCGUCGCAUUUGGUGUUGAUGCUGAUUGUUGGCUUUCCAGUCCUAGUUUAAAUAAAUAACUUAAACACAAAUCUGCAGGUACAUACAAUUUCUUGCCACGUCCAGCGGUGGCAGCGUCAUUCGUAUUGAACGUCUGUUUUAAGUACCUACGUCCGAGGCGCGUCAUUCGUUCCAAAUCCCAGAAUUACUGCAUUGUCGUUCGUUUUGCCCGGCCAAAUUGCUUCCGGUUCCGUGCGAACGUGAACGAGUUAGUUGAAAAGAGGCUUUGAGUGAAACUAUUCACUAUGAGCUGGAGCCAUGAGAAUGAUUGUUUUCCGUUCAGCUAUUGGGUGCCAGAAUCCGCAUAGGAGAACACAGAAUGAAACGACAGCUGAUUGACCGGAGUUGCCAACACUGUUUGAUAUUUGUUUUCCGUUGGGGUUUUUAUUGAUCAUUUUUUGUUUGUUU